AUGGGCCUGCUUAAGCUCUCCGUUCUAGUCAUUGUAGCGGCUAUUGUAGCUACCCAAACCUCAGCUGAUGCUAUUCGCGGCUGUUACCUGACCAACUGGGCUCAAUAUAGACCAUCGCCAGGUACAUGGUCUUUUGAUAAGUAUGUGUCUGGUACAUGUACUCACAUCUUCUACGCCUUCGCCACCACUGAUGCUAGUGGAAACAACCCAGCUCCAACAGACGCUUCUGAUUUGACCGUUGGAUACCCUGGACUGAAGAACUUGAAGGCUCAGCAAUCUGGCUUGAAGACCAUUUUGUCGUUUGGUGGUUCCACUUUUGGUGAUUUCCCUACCAUUGCUGCUAGUGCUGAUACUAUUGCUACGUUUGGUAAGUAGCUCAUACCAAUAUGUCCUUAUAAAGCAAUUUCUAGCCAAAAACGUUGUCGCCUUUGCCAAGCAAUACGACUUUGAUGGCAUUGAUAUUGAUUGGGAAUUCCCCACAUCUGGCCAAGCAACUAUGUUCACCAACCUUUUGCAAGGUAUCAAGACGGCUGGUGGUAGCGACUUCAUCGUUACUGCUGCUGUAACUCCAAACAUUGAAACCGCUGCUGCUGGCUACGACUUGUCAUCAUUGCAGUCGGCUGUGGACUACUUGAACAUCAUGGCUUAUGACUACAACGGUAGCUGGGAUACUGUUACCUCUAUCAAUGCCCCAUUGUACGGUACUGGUAUUUACACUGUGAAUGCUACCGCUCAGUACUAUAAAGAAGUAAGAGUUUUGCAUCGAGCCCACAUGUUUCAGCGUAGCCAAAUAAAAAAAUUUGCUUCCACUGGAGCCGACCGACCUCAGCCAAGUGGUCGCGCCUAGUGAGCAAAUUUUAGGAUUAGUAGCUCUGAGUUGCAUCCACAUAACAUCCUUAUCAUUUGUUCCCUUUACUUCAUUCCAGAACUUCGCCGCUGCUCAAAUCCUCCUCGGUAUCCCAACCUACGGUCGUGGCUGGACCUUGUCCUCGUCAACUCCAAACCAAGGCGUCGGUGCUCCUGCCCCAUCCGCUUCCCCAGCUCUAGCUACAACGCAAUCUGCUGGUAUCCUUGCCUACUACGAAGCCUGUCAAGUCAUUUCCCAAGGCGGAUCCGUUAACUGGGACUCGACCAGUGAAACACCAUACACUCAGUUGAACACCGAUUGGUACAACUAUGAAAAUCCACAAUCAGUUACUGAUAAGACCGACUAUGCUAAAACUAACGGAUUCGCUGGUGUUUUCGUCUGGACUUUGGACUACGAUGACCUCGACAACACUUGCAACAAUGGCACCUUCCCGUUGUUGACUUCUAUCAAAAAUGCAUUGGCUUAA